UUGUAACGCAGUGUUGGGGGGAGAUUUAAAGAGCAUUAGUUUGCAAACACAACUUAAAUCAGUAUAAUUACUCCCUCUGGAUAGUCCUAUUAGCGCGUCAAAGCUGCGAGGGGCGGAGUUGGAAAGCGCGCACUCGGUUGCGCACGGGACGCACAGCCCUCCUGAGCUCUGUUGAUAUAGGCAGCUCCGUCCUUUCACCGGAGGUUAUGGCUGAGGACUUCGUGAAGGCAAGAGAAGAGGACGACUCUUAAAUAUUUUUCAUAGGAGCUAUGCGUCAAUCUGCGCUUAUGCGCGCAAUUCUCUUGUGAGUUGUUUUUUGUUUUGUUUUUUUACGCAGCGCCCGUGAUGAGCUCUGAAUCAAGAAGGCGUUGAACCUGCUACAAUGUCACAUGCACAGGUUGAGAUAGCAGGACGCGGUUUCCCAGGCCUCUCCAUGGAUUUGACCGACGACUGCCUGUCCCGGGUGCCAUCCGUGCUCAGGGCGCACGGUUUGGGCGCACGGAGAAACUCUUACGGGCUGCAAAAAAUCAGCAUGGACAUCGAUUCGCCUCUGUACAGCGGCGCCCUCUCCAAAGCCCUGUCCUGGUCAGCUGAGAAUAUUCCAACACUCACCGAGUCCAGGGCAGAGGAUGAAAAAACCGACGACUCUCCGCCGUCGCCCUCUCCUGUUUCCAGCCCGGGCACCAGCUCCAACACGCCCCCCUCCAGCCAGGAGCCCGACGCCGGCUCUCUCACUGGGAACUGGGACCCCGUCCCGAGAUCAAGCGCUCAGGACGCGAGCUCGGAGUCUGAGAAUGAACUGCAGAACAAACAGCACAAGAUCUUGUCUCGCAUCACGUUUGAUACCCAGUGGGAGCAGGAGGAGAAGGAGGACGUGGAGACCAAAGCGGUGGCAACAUCUCCUGAUGGAAGAUAUCUCAAAUUCAACAUUGAGAUUGGAAGAGGGUCUUUCAAGACGGUCUAUAAAGGACUGGACACCGAGACAACAGUGGAGGUGGCAUGGUGUGAGCUACAGACACGCAAGCUGACCAAAGCGGAGCGACAGCGCUUCAGCGAGGAGGUGGAGAUGCUGAAGGGCCUGCAGCACCCGAACAUCGUCCGCUUCCACGACUCCUGGAAGUCGACGGUGAAGGGCCACAAGUGCAUCAUCCUCGUGACUGAACUCAUGACGUCAGGCACGCUCAAAACGUACUUGAAGAGGUUCAAGGAGAUGAAGCUGAAGCUGCUGCAGCGAUGGAGUCGUCAGAUCCUCAAAGGGCUUCACUUCCUGCACACGCGCACUCCUCCCAUCAUCCAUCGGGACCUCAAGUGUGACAACAUCUUCAUCACCGGCCCCACCGGCUCCGUCAAGAUCGGAGAUCUGGGACUGGCCACGCUCAAAAGUGCCUCUUUUGCUAAAAGUGUCAUUGGAACGCCAGAGUUCAUGGCCCCGGAGAUGUACGAGGAGAAGUACGACGAAGCCGUGGACGUCUACGCCUUCGGGAUGUGCAUCCUGGAAAUGGCCACCUCUGAGUACCCGUACUCCGAGUGCCAAAACGCCGCCCAGAUCUACCGCAAAGUCACCAGCGGAAUCAAACCUGACAGUUUCUACAAAGUCAAAGUCCCAGAGCUCAAGGAGAUCAUCGAGGGCUGCAUUCGUAUGGACAACGAUGAAAGGUACACCAUUCAGGACCUCUUGGAUCACCCGUUCUUCCAGGAGAACAACGGCGUCCACGUGGAGCUGGCGGAGGAGGACGACAUGGUGAAGACGGGCCUGAAGCUGUGGCUGCGCAUGGACGACACCAAGAAACUCCACGGGAAGUACAAGGACAACAACGCCAUCGAGUUCCUCUUCGAGCUCUACAAAGACGUGCCCGAGGAGGUGUCCCAGGAGAUGGUCGUGCUUGGGUUCGUGUGCGAGGCAGACUUCAAACUCGUGGCCAAGGCCAUACGGGACAGGGUGACGGCCAUCAAGCGUCAGAGGGAGAAGCUGAGGCGGCAGGCGGAGGAGCGGAAGAAGAAGCUGGAGCAGGAAGCCAUCGAAGAAGAACCAGAGCCUCAGCCUCCACCUCCUCCUUUACCGAGAGUCGGUGACGUCGUCGCAGCAGAUUCCCCGACCCCGACCAUGACGCCUCCGGCUCCCAUCCUGUCCCCCGUCACCAGCUCGGUGGACUCUGGCGUCAGCUCCAACUACCCCGCAGAGCCGGAGGAGCCCGAGGCCGACCAACACUUCCACAUGCGGCACAACAGCCUGUCCUCUGCUAACUCUGACUGCGAGACGGACGGCUAUCUGAGCUCCUCUGGGCUUCAGGAUCCGCUGGAGGCCGGCAGCUUCAACACUCCAGCGACACCUCCCAGCACACACGCCGACACACCGACUGCAAACGGUUUCCCCAUCCCAGCCCUCCGCUUCCCCUCGAGCAUCGCUGUAUCCAACAACAUAGAACAUGGCAACUCAGGGUCCCCGAGCGGCUUCAACUCCCCCGUGGACAGCUACGCCUCCGAUGUGACCUCAGGCUUGAGUGACGGCUACGAGGGCCUAUCAGAGAAGACGGAGAAGACGGCGGCGAGGCGGACUGCCGCGAAGCUGUUCAGGAGGAGGGCGCGCUCGAGGCUGCGCAUCACCGGGCUCUCCGAUAAAGUGGACCGGGUGGUGGAGUGUCAGCUGCAGACGCACAAUGACAAGAUGGUGACCUUCAAGUUCGACCUGGAUGGAGAUAACCCUGAAGACAUCGCCGCUGUCAUGGUGCACAAUGAGUUCAUCCUGCCGUCGGAGAAGGAAGGCUUCAUCCACCGCAUGGGCGACAUCAUCAAACGGGCCGAGUCUCUGAUGACCAAAGAGCAGCCGGUCCACUUGGGCGGACACCGACUCCCUCAGCCCGCCUUCCACAGCGGCGUUAACUCGCUGUCUUCCUCACAGCCUAAUCUGCACAGUCACACCCUGCCUCGAACCAACUCCUCCUCGUCUCUGCCCGACUUCAGUGUGGCUAACCCAAGCGUUGGGGUACGUGGCUCUUCCCCGUGCCCCAGUGGAGACGUCUUCAGUGCAGACAUUACUUCACCUGGGCGACCUCUAAUACGCUCACAGUCUUUCCACAACGCCCCAGGAUCUCCCCUCCAUUACCAGCAGCACCACCACCACCAUCCUGCGUCUCUCCUGCCCCACCACCAGCACUACCACUUGCCAUACAUGGGUCACAGUCACUUCCCAUUCCCAUACCCGGGUUCUUCGGGUUCCCCCAAACAAGCCAACCAUGCUCCCCUCACACGUGUAGCCAGUAACCCCACCUUCCCUACUGCUUCCUCCCCAGCUCCAGGUUCCCCAAAUCACUUGAAUGAGACCCCAAGUCCUGGCAGCAAUGAGAGUAUUAACAUGUCCCCACCUCCACCUCAGCACCCCAACAUGUGGCCCGCUCACACGCAGCCCCUAUUUUCCUUAGCUAAUGUCAUCUCCAUGGCCAUGAGCAUGGCCCAGUCUUUCAUCCCUCCUUCUAGUCUGCCCACCCAAGGGAUGCCCUCCUUUCCAGGCUUCCACCCCCAGCUUCCUGCUCACAUGGCCCCACAGUCGGGUUACUACCAACAACAUUACCAAACCCCACCGGUAGAGGUCCCUUACCCCACAGCGGGCAUCCCAAUGCAGAACAACGUCUACCACAGCCCUGAGAACACGCCUCAAACUGAAGGUUUCCCUCAGAGCAGUCAUCCAAGCUGGUUUCAUCAUGUCUCUCCACCCUCCAUGCCUUCCACUCCUCCACCUGUUCCUCAGGAGCCUUUGCAGCAGGUUGGACUCUCCUGUCCUCCCAGCCUGAUCCAGGAGGACAGUCUCCACAGUUAUGCGCCCCAAUACUCGGCACAGGUUCCUGCCCAGGCUGAACCCAGAUCAGAAGUCUCCAGUUUGAACUCUUCGUCAGAUCUUUUCCCUUCGCCCCCAGAGAGCCCAGAAAGCACUUUAUCAUCCUUCAGCCCUCAGUUGCACCCCACUGUACCCACUGAGAUGAACGCCAGUAGUCCAAAACCAGACGCCUCUUCCACUGAACCUGAAGUCCAGUCUGCACCAGUCACCGUUGGGCGAUUCCAGGUGACACCCAGCAUGGACAUCCCCACUCCUGUUCUGUCAGUCCCUGCUGCUGUACCCGCUGCACCAGAGCCAGCAGACAGAGGCAGCGACCCGUCAGAGAGCAGCACAGAGGAGCAGGUGGAGUCCGAGACGAGCCUGGCCACCUCCCUCACCAUGUCCCCUCCUCACCCGCAACCCCACAGAGGGCCGACGGGCGUCCUGCAGGAGGUUGACGGGCAGGUGGCGUGGACUGGGAGCCAAGAGCAGCAGCAGCAGCAGCAGCAGCAGCAGGACAGAGCAGUAGAAGAGGAUGAGGAAGAGGAGGACGAAGAGGAGGAAGAGGUUGUCGGGGAGCGACAGAGGACGAGGAAGAGGAGUCGGAGGAGAGCGUACAGCCUGAGCCUGUUGGGAACGUCUGCGGACAGCGGGCUCUCUGUGACGGCCGCUGAGAUGGAGGGGAGGCUGUGGGACGGAGCGGCAGGCAGCCCGCAGUACAGCAAUGCCCUUCACCAUUUGUGGAUGAUGACCUACAACCGCAACGCUCCCUACCUGAGCAGCGAUGACUCGGACAGUGACGACGAAGACAUGCUGGAAGAGCUUCAGGAGCUCAGAGAAAAACACCUGACAGAGGUGCAGGCCCUGCAGGCCGCCCAGAAGAGGGAGAUCGAGGAGUUGUACGAGAGGAUGGGGAAGGUUCCCCCCGCCGGCAUCGUCUCUCCUGCUGCUAUGCUGUGCAGUCGACAGCGCCGCCUGUCCAAGGGGAACGGCUUCCCAUCGUCCCGCAGAAACAGCCUGCAGCGGUUGGACAUGCUGCCAAUCCAGGGUAUCAUUAGGAGAAACUCCCUCGGAGGCAGCAGCAGUGGCUCCCAGGAUAAACCAAGCAAAGGCGUCACCUUUGCCACUGACAUCAGUAGAAUGUAAGAAACUGUCAGCCAAGCACGCUGUAUACCUGGACUACCUCAUCUGAAGUGACUGCAGUGGUCAAACACGUCCUGUAGGAGGAUCACUUCAACACUUUUCACUGGCACACCGAUCAAGCAAACUUCAAGCUUCCCCCUCUCUCCCUCUGCCAGUGGACACAAGGUUCUGCCAGUGGUCAUUUACCUCAACGUACACAUAUAUGUAGACGGUCAUCAGUAAAGCUGGAUUUACACAGGAACGUCCAGCCCUUCAUCAGAUCUGGUGAAUUCGUUGCAGCUGAAGCACAGAAUAUUUACCGAUCUGGUUCAUCAAGUUCAUUUUUGCCCUCUUGUAAAUAAACUGUCAGACCCUUCAGACAACUUCAGUCCAGGCUGCCACGGUACUCUGCAUAAGUCACGUUAAUGUGUUGUUUUAAAAUGUUUUUUCUCUCUGAGCAACUCUGUAAGCAUUAAACGCAGUCAAGUGAUGGUGGUACAAAGUGCCGGCGAUGUGGCCUUUCGAGCUACGGUGGCACUCGCUAUGAUUUUUGACCCAGAUCGACGACAGUUGCUGUUUUGUUUUUUCCCUGCUUGUCUGAUUCACUGCCGUUAACCAGUCCGAGCACAGUAAUGUGAACCACGGUGGACGCUCUGACACUCUCACUGACAACAUUUCCGAUUAAUCUCGCAUCUUAUUUUGCUGUAGUUUGUUAACGACGUCUCAUCACCUGCUGACUGCACAGUGAAUACACUCUGAUUUGUUUUGCCUUUUCGGGGGGUCGAUGAGAGCAGUCUACACGCGUUGUACAGUUUGAUUUAUUCAAAUACGCAUUGUGAAAACAUUUCUAGUUCUAGUACAUCUUUGGUUUCGACACCAGACGUCUCUGGUCGCAACAUUUUUAGACGUAGUUUCUAACACCUACACAAACAGAUGUAAAUGUUUGCAUGCAACGUCACACAUCAGUUUUCAGAUGCUUCGAUUUCUCUGUAUUGAUUAGUUGUGAAAAAUCCAACCUAGGUUUUAGACUACUGGCUUUCCUGAUUGUACAUGUGUAUAUAAUAGAGCACAUUUAUAUACACAGUUCCAAGUAGAGACGAAACCUUUAAUUCUUGCUCUAGCAAAAAUCAUAUUUUUUAAAAACCGCUUGUUCCGUAGAUCAAGCACCUCGUGCACUUUAGUAACAUCUACUUUAGUUCUCGAUCAUUUAACACACUUGUGGAGAGAAGACUGUUCACACUCGAGGACGAGCCGUUUCCUGUUGUUGUACCAUAAGGGAGUUUAGCGAAUAUACUCCAGUUUAUGUUUUUGAUCGCAAUAUUUCAUAUUGGAUCACAGUGAUGAUAAUCUAUACCCUCUUUGAAUAAUUAGUACGUUGUGUGGGAUGUAGAGAAAUCAGUCCAAGCUGUGAAUGUGUAGCUGAUGCCUUAUAAAAAA